CCGAAACAAAGAUGGCUUGUGAAAAAUAUCGAGGAAAAUCUUUUCUCCCAAUUUCACGUGAAUUUUCCCACUUUUCCACCAUGUGAGCGUGCAAAGUUGUCCACAAUCCGCAACACUGUGUCUCAAUCAACGUUGUCCAAGUGUGUGUUAAGUGUUUUCGUGGGCCUGAAACAUGUUUUCCGCUCAGCACGGCCUCCCAUCGAGUGACGGCAGCGAUGAUUACAAUUUUGAAAAGGUGGAAAAUGCCAUGAAAUGGAGAGGUGUUUUCGUGAAUUCGCUGCGAAAGGUCCUGGAACAGGUGCAUCCCAACAUGACAGCUCAGGAUGAUGCUCUGUUCUACGUCGAGAGUCUUUGUCUGAGGCUCCUGGCGAUGCUGUGCGCCAAGCCGCCGCCGCACACGAUUCAGGACAUUGAGGAGCGCAUCGGCAAGACAUUCCCCACGCCAAUCGACAAAUGGGCUCUCACGGAGGCCUUCGAGACGCUGGACAAGUCCAAGAAGAAGAAGUCAGUUCUGCCCGUGGAUAAAGUCCACUCGAUGCUGCAGAAAGAAGUGCUUCAGUACAAGAUUGACAUCUCCGUGUGCGUCUUCCUGGUGGCUGUGUUGGAGUACAUCUCGGCGGACAUCCUCAAACUGGCCGGAAACUAUGUGAAAAACAUAAAGCACAUUGAAAUAUCUCGAGAGGACAUCGAGAUUGCAAUGUGUGCAGACAAGGUGCUCAUGGAUAUGUUCUACCAAGGCGAUGGAUCGGGUUCGGCGGCUCCGAGUCCUCUGCCGCCCACGCCGAGGAUCAGUCUCUCGUAUGAGGAGGUCGUCAAGGAGUUGAUUCACGAUGAGAAACAAUAUCAGCGCGACUUGCACAUGAUUAUUCGUGUGUUUCGCGAGGAACUAGUCAAAAUCGUUAAUGAUUCCAAGGAAUUAGAGGCAAUAUUCUCCAAUAUAAUCGACAUCUACGAGGUGACGGUGACGCUGCUGGGCUCCUUGGAGGACGUGAUCGAGAUGUCGCAGGAGCACACGCCGCCGUGCGUGGGCAGCUGCUUUGAGGAGUUGGCCGAGGCCGCGGAGUUCGAUGUGUACGCCAAGUAUGCGCGCGAAGUUACCUCGCCACAGUCCAGGGAGGCUCUGGCCAAUCUGCUCGCGCGUCCCGAGUCCAACUCCCUGAUCGCCGCCGGGCACGGUUUCCGCGAGGCGGUGAAAUUCUACCUGCCGAAGCUGCUCUUGGGACCCAUUUGGCAUGCUUUUUUGUACCUAGACUACAUUAAGAUACUGAUGGAAAAGAGUCCGGCGCACGAUGACAGGGAGAGCUUCGAGCAGGUGCAGGGACUGCUGAAGCCGCUCCAGUGUCAACUGCAGUACAUCGUUUCCACCUUACCAAAGGAGUCAAUGGUGAGAAUGCACAGUCGGGCGAGGCGACAGAUAGCUUUUGAGAAGACAAAGGAGCUGCAGAACACAGUUGAACACUGGGACAAGGAUGUUGGGCAGUGUUGCAACGAAUUUAUCAGAGAGGACACUCUGGCGAAGUUUGGCUCCGGGAAGCGCAUCACGGAGAGGAAAGUGUAUCUGUUCGACGGAUUGCUGGUGCUGUGCAAGGCCAACACGCGGCGUCAGACGGUGUCCGUGGGCGCGGCGCAGAGUUAUGACUUUCGCAUGAAGGAGCGCUUCUUCAUGCGCAAAGUGGAGGUGAUCGAUCGCGCGGACACGGAUGAGCUGAAGCAUGCCUUUGAGAUAUCGCCGCGCGUGCAGCAAGCUGUGGUGUUAAUAGCCAAGAGUACGCAGCACAAGAACGACUGGAUGGCGGAUCUAAUCAUGGUGAACACGAAGCCGAUGCUGGAUCGCAUUCUGGACAGUAUUCUGUUGGAUAUUGAGAAGAAGCACCCACUUAAGCUACCUAGUCAAGACAUUUACAAGUUCGCCGUGCCCGACAGUCCCAACAAUAUUGUGUUGGAGGAGCGCGAGUCGACGGGUGUGCCGCUGAUCAAGGGGGCGACACUGUGCAAGCUCAUUGAGAGACUCACGUACCAUAUUUAUGCUGAUCUCAAGUUCGUGCGGACAUUUCUCACGACAUACAGGUCGUUUUGCUCACCACGGGAACUGCUCACACUGCUAAUCCAGCGCUUCAACAUUCCCGAUCCCAGUAUUGUGUACGAGAGUGGCUCGAUUGGAUCGAGUGGAUCGAGUGAGGUGUCAUCGGACACGGAUAAGCUGCACAAGUGCUCACAGCGUGAGGAUUGGAAGCGCUACAAGAAGGAGUUCAUGCAGCCGGUGCAGUUUCGUGUGCUGAAUGUGCUGAGACAUUGGGUGGAUCAUCACUUCUAUGAUUUUGAGCGCGAUGUGGAGUUGCUGGAGAAUCUGCUGGCAUUCCUCAAGACGGUGAAUGACAAAUCGAUGCGGAAAUGGGUGGAUCCGUUCUUCAAGAUUGUCCACAGGAAGAAUGAACAGGAGGAGAAUCACAAGCAGAUUACAUUUAGUCACAGUCCACCAGCCAUUGAGUAUCAUUUGCAAGUGCCGGAGAAUGAAUUCAAUUUGCUCACGCUGCAUCCGCUCGAGUUGGCGCGGCAGCUCACACUGCUGGAGUUUGAGCUGUACAAGAAUGUGAAGCCAUCGGAAUUGGUGGGUUCUGUGUGGACGAAGCGUGACAAGGAGUUGACGAGUCCCAAUUUGCUGCGAAUCAUCAAGCACACGACAAAUUUCACGCGUUGGCUCGAGAAGUCUAUUAUUGAGGCGGAGAACUUUGAAGAGCGCGUCGCAAUGGUGACACGAGCCAUUGAGGUGAUGAUGGUGUUGCUGGAGUUGAACAACUUCAACGGUGUUCUGUCUGUGGUCUCGGCCAUGGGCAGCGCUUCUGUGUACAGACUCAAGCUCACCUAUCAAGCCAUUCCGGAGCGGUAUAAGAAGUGUCUGGAGGAGUGUCGUGAACUCAAUAAGGAUCACUUUCGCAAGUAUCAGGAGAAGUUGCGCUCAAUCAAUCCACCGUGUGUUCCCUUCUUCGGCAUGUACUUGACCAAUAUUCUGCACAUCGAAGAGGGGAAUCCCGAUCUGUUGCCCAACACGGAACUCAUCAAUUUCUCCAAGAGGCGGAAAGUGGCUGAAAUCACGGGUGAGAUUCAGCAGUAUCAGAAUCAACCGUACUGUCUGAAGACGGAUCCGAAGAUCAGGCGUUUCCUGGAGACGCUGGAUCCCUUUGAGGGGAAGAAUGACAAUGACAUCAGCAAUUAUCUGUACAAUGAGAGUCUGCGAAUUGAACCGCGAGGAUACAAGCAAGCGCCCAAGUUCCCACGACGCUGGCCAGAACUCACACUGAAAUCGCCGGGCAUCAAGCCGCGGCGGCACAACAAUAGCGGCAGCUCAGUGUCUCUGAUCUCACUACCCGGCUCGCUGCCGUACAGCCACAAGAGCCUGGCGAUGAGCAGCAGUGAGGGCGAUUGGUCGCCCACGAGUGGCAUUUCGCAGGUGUCGCAGGAGUUCACGGUGUUUGCCAAUGUUAAUAUUCAGGGCUCGCAUCACAGCAGUCUGAUGAACGUCUCCCACCCAUCCACGUCCCUCAGCGCCCUCGCCACGUCCUCCAGCAUCGAUCUGAUGGAUCAGGUGAGCGUGGCCAGCGUCGCGGCCGCCAAUGUGCCAUCCACUGUGCCCGAGUUGCCAAAGAGAUCCAACAGUAUUAUCUCCAUGGCGAGUUGCAGCAACAUCGUCAUUGACUCCGUGAAGCCCGUGCUCAGUCCGCGCGACCAUCAGACGGCGUGCAACACGCUGCCCACGCGCAGUUCGCCCAUCGUGAGUCCCAAAGUGUUGCCGUCUUUCCGCGAGGACGGCGACGCGCCCACGCUGAGUCCGCGCGUCCACAGAGGCGGCAGCAUCUGUGAUCAGGAGUCCUUCCGGACGCCACUGCAGGGCGCCGCGACCACGACAAUCGUGAGGAAUGCUGUCCGAGGGAGCACGGCAAGCAUCACUACGAACGCCGACGAGGGACAACAGAGCCAGCUUCCGGGCAGUCCGAAGAUCAGUUCUGCGGACGGCGCGGACGUUGGACCGCUGCCCAUAUCGCCGCAUGUCAAUGUUCCCAAUACUCACACGUUCAAUCACGUGCCGCCGCCUCUGCCGCCGCGGAUCAAGCGGCGAGAGCCUCUCGAGGGCGCCCAGAGUGCGCAGGUGAAGCAGGCGCCGGACGCGCCGCAGCUUCCGCCACGGGAUCUCAGUCCGCCGCCCCUGCCGCCGCGCCACCACCUCGCGAGGGCGCAGCCGGAGGCGGCGGGUGUGUACAAUAACUACAGCGACUCCUCGGUGGAGACCACGCCGAAGCACCAUCUCAUGCUGCCGCACACGAGCACCAUCAUGAUGAGGCGCAAUUCGGCGCUGGACCGCAAUCACGGGAAGGCCGCCGGAGGACUGCCGUCGCCGCCGGUCUCGGAGACCAGCGUGGCGGGCGCGAUUGGGCUCAAGAUUGCCGGUUCCACCCUUUUACCUCAUGUGGUGAUACCAAAAUUACCUCCGAAGCCGAAACCACCAAAUUCUGCGGAUCGUCAAACGAUGUUUUCAUAUCCUGGAACGACAAACUUUGACUAAACAACAAGGAAUGGGGGUGAAUUUCAAUGUGUAAUGUCUGUUGAGGGGUGUUUUAUUUUUGUAGCGAAGGACGUGAAUCAGAUGAAAGACCAAUUCAUGGGUGGAUUUGUGAAGAGAAAUUGUGUAUUUCUUGCUCAAAGAGCCAUCCUGUGAAGAGUUAAUUGUAGGCGUUUUUAAAGGAUAUUAUGUGAUUGAUAGUGAAUCAAUUGACAAGAGAGAAAGAGAGAGAGAGAAAGUGUUUGUAUAAAAGGUUUAACUAGAAUUGUGUUGGUGAGAAGAUAGUAAAAUGCAUUUAAAGAUCGUUCUUUGUGGAGAACUUGAGGGUGGGAAAUACAUUUAAACAAAAGUGUUAUAAUCAGGGAUAGAAAAGAGCCCUUAAAAAAUAAUUUAGAUGCAGGUGAGGAAAAAUAAUUUGAUAUGCCAAGUAAUCUUUUAAAGAGAAGAAAACACCACACAAAAAAAAGGUGUGAAGAAAGAAAGAAAAAUGUGCAUUUUAUUGUCAAUGUAUUUGUAGAGAGAUUAUAAACAGAAAAAAAAACAUGAGUAUAAUUGUACAUUUGUGCGAAGUGAAAAUUCUUGCAGAAAAGAACAUUCGCAGUAAAAAUGAGUAAAUUUGUUGUAAAAUGUAUUAUAGUUGAGAGAGACAAAUAUAAAUGAAUACAAACAGGACAAA